UUGUUAAAUAAGCAGCCUUCAUGUGGGGCACUUGUGUUUUCAGGGAGAUCUCAAAGCCUCUGGUGCCUCUGGGGAAGGCCGGCGUGCUGCUGGCACAGAUCCUCCAGCUCCUCUGCAAAGGAAUGACUCCUCAGAAGGUCGGGGCUUUAUGGAAAGAGGCUGGACUGAGCUGGAAUGAAAUCUUGCCCAAGGAUGAAGAUGUCAACACGUUUGUCACAGAUCAGAAAGUUGAAUUCACUGUAGAUGAAGAAAUGAAGUCAAAGGACGUUGGGAGGAAAAAUGUCCUCAGUGGAGAAGAGAUCAGUAAACAGCUGGACAGACUCCUGCAAGACAAGGCCAACAACCAACGGAUCCGGGACUGGAUUGAGGCUAAUUUGGAGGAUCAGCAGACGGUGAGCAACCAGUUUAUACGAAGGUUGAUGACAUCAGUGUGCCAGUCGGUCAUCAUAUGCGAUAAUCCAUACAAGGUGGAUAUGGAGCAGAUCAAGAAUAGAGCCCCUCUGCUGCAGAGAUACCUGUGUGAUGAGGAGAAGGAGCUGCAGGCCCUCUAUGCCCUCCAGGCUCUCAUGGUUCACAUGGAGCAGCCUGCAAACCUGCUGCUGAUGUUCUUCAACACUCUGUACGAUGAGGACGUGAUUAAAGAGGAGGCCUUCUACAAAUGGGAAUCCAGCAAAGACUCUGCAGAGCAAACAGGCAAAGGCGUCGCCCUAAAAUCCGUCACCACCUUCUUCACUUGGCUCCGCGAGGCCGAGGAAGAGUCUGACAAGGAUUGAGGCAACAACAAAACAACACAACAACAAAAAAGCUGCCGCUUAACUUUAUCAAGAAUUGUGCUCUGUAGGCAGCUGUGGAGACUCAAAGACAAUGUUGCCAGUGUGGCAGACCCAAAUAAGUCCUCAAUGAGGACACAUCUUUUUUUCUCCCUCCUUUUUCUUUUCUGUGAGAGAUGGACUCAGAAAAUAAUGUCUCUCCUCCCUUUCCUGUUGUCCUCAAAUAAACUUGAAAACGCAUUCAGCAGGACUGCUUUUUAAUGAGGUGUGAGAAACCCCACAUCACUACAAAACUCUGUCAAGUAGCACAAACCAAGUGGCUGCUUGAAUCUCGACAGUUGCAACGCCCCAACAUGUCAUCCGACUUGCAGGAAGAAAACGAACAGGGAGUGUAACACGGUGGCUUCCCUGACCCCUUGGUUUAACGCUGUGUGUGUUCAAGCACGGCUCUUGUGUCUGUCCUUUACUGGAGUGUGCAGCAUGACUGAAGUGUGUUUCUAUUCAUGAUCUAGUGGGACAAAAUGUUGGUAAAUAAAAAUGUACAUGAGCUAAUCAUAAUUUGCCAGAUGGAGUUUUUAAGAGAAAAGGUUGUCUAUUUUCACCUUCUGUUUCCUAUCUUGAGCCUAACAAAAGGACUAAUGCUGACUUGGUCUACCUGGGUGUGGACUUGUGCUUCCUCUAAGCCAUCCUCUUCCACACCCAGUAGAGAACCAUAUGGACUGACUCAGCUGUUCCAGAGGACUCUUAUGACCCAAUCAGUUAAAACUUGAAGUCGGUGGAGAAAUUACCUUGAUAAAAUAUAUAUAUAUAAAUAAAUAUAUACAAUGAAAGGAAAAAAACUAAAACAAAAAAAAAAUAGGUGAUCUGAAAGCCUUUUCUACUUUAAGUGGAAACUUAUUUCAGGAUUGUUCCAUAAAUAUAAUAGACUUUUUUUCAGUUUUAUUUUUCAGAAACGAUAAUUUUCUGAUAUAAUUGCAGUGUCUCAUUUUCCAGGAGAAACAUCAGUCGCCCGAAUGCAGAGAAGAGUUUUUUGAUAAUCCAUUGAUUAUUAGUUUUAUUUGACUUUUUUUGUAAAUAUUUUUUCUUUUCUCUCUAUUUAAUAAAUUCUUGCUUCUUUUGCAUCUAAAACUGGAAAGAUGAGAUCAUUGAACAUUGAAAAUAAAGGAUGAAUGAGUUGCUGA